CCCACAACUUCUUUGGUUGAAGAAUCUGAUAUUUGUGGUAGGGAUGUUGACAAGGAGGCAAUCAUUAAAAUGAUACUCUCAGAUGAUGCACGUGGCAAUGAGAUGAGUGUGAUUGCUAUAGUCGGCAUGGGAGGGAUGGGCAAGACCACCCUUGCUCAGUUUGUAUACAAUGACAAUAGGGUGAAGAAGCACUUUAAUAACCUUGAUGCAUGGGUUUGUGUUUCUGAAGAAUUUGACGUGUUCAAGAUAACGAAAACAAUUCUGGAGGCAGUAACUUCGUCAACUUGUGAUAUUAAGGAUCUAAAUCAACUUCAACUUAGACUAAGGGAGUGUUUAACGGGAAAGAAGUUUCUACUUGUUUUAGAUGAUGUUUGGAAUGAAACUUAUGUUCAAUGGGAGGCAUUGUGUAAACCCUUCAAAAAUGGGGCACAAGGAAGUAAGGUCCUUGUAACAACGCGUAAUAAUAGUGUUGUAUCAGUUGCUAGAGCUCUGUCUUAUCAUCUAAUGGAGUUACCGGAAGAAGAUUGUUGGUCACUAUUUGCAAAGCAUGCAUUCCAUGAUGGUAACUCUAAUGCACAUGGAGAGCUAGAAGUAAUAGGUAGAAAAGUCAUUGAAAAGUGCGGAGGCCUUCCAUUAGCAGUGAAGACAAUUGGUGCUUUAUUAAGAUCUAAACCAGAUGUUAAUGAAUGGGAUAAGAUAUUAAAGAGUGAAUUAUGGGAUUUGCCAAUUGAUGAGAUGGGUAUUCUUUCAGCUCUAAGGUUAAGUUACAAAUAUCUCUCUUCACCUCUAAAGCAAUGCUUUGCUUAUUGUUCAAUAUUCCCAAAGGAUUAUGCUUUCAAAAAAGAUCAAUUAAUCUUGUUAUGGAUGGCGGAAGGUUACAUAUAUCAACCCAAAAACAGAACAAUGGAAGAAGUUGGUAAUGAGUAUUUCCUCACUCUAGAAUCAAGAUCAUUAUUCCAAAAAUCAAGUGAUGACAAGUCAUGUUUUGUAAUGCAUGAUCUUGUGAGUGAUUUAGCAAAAUCUAUAUCUGGACAAUUUAUUUCAAGGUUGGAGGAUGGUUGUUCUCACGAGAUAGUAAACAAUACUCGCCACUUGUCCUAUUUUUUCAAACAAGAAUUUCAUAGCUUAAAGAAGUUUGAGACCCUUCAGAAAGCUAAGAGGUUGCACACUUUCCUACAUUUAGAUAUGUCAGGUUAUAAUUGGCCCGGUUACUACUUGAGUAAAAAAGUAGCACAUGAUUUACUGCCGACACUAAGAUGCUUACGGCUGUUUUCUCUGUCCAAGUAUAGGAACAUUACUGAAUUGCCAGAGUCAAUUGGCAAACUUAAACACCUACGUUACUUGGAUCUCUCUUUCACUGAAGUUCAAAGACUACCUGAUUCUAUAUGUCAAUUGUGCAAUUUGCAGACAUUGAGAUUGUCAAAUUGUAAAAAGCUUGUUGCGUUGCCAAGAGAUAUGUGGAAACUCAUUAGUUUACGUCAUCUUGAUAUUACCAAAACAGGCAUAAAAGAGAUGCCGAUACAUUUGGGUAGAUUAAAAUGCCUCCAGACGUUGACGAAAUUUAUCGUUGGCAAAGGUAGUGGGACUUGCAUUGGAGAGUUAGGAAAUUUUACAAAUCUUCAAGGGAUCGCUUUCUAUAUUGGAGCUCCAAAAUGUUGAAUCUCCUGUGAUGCUCUGAAUGCAAGCUUGAGGGAUAAAAAGUACCUCGAAGAAUUGGUAUUGGAAUGGAAUGUUGAUACUAAUUUCUCAGAAAGUCAAAGAAGUGUACUUGAUAGUCUCUGGCCCCAUACAAGCUUGAAAAGCCUCACUUUUAGAUACUACUGUGGUAAAACUUUUUCAGAUUGGGUAGGGCAUCCUUCAUUCUCUAAUGUAGCAUCUCUUGAGCUACAAAGUUGUAGGUAUUGCAGCAGUUUGCCACCCCUUGGGCAGCUACAAUCUCUGCAGAACCUCUAUAUUGCUGGUUUUGAUGAAGUUGUUACAGUGGGUCGUGAGUUUUUUGGUAGCGGUUCUUCUUCAUCUAAGCCAUUUGGUGCCCUCAAAGUUCUUAAGUUGGAGAAUAUGUGGAACUGGGGGGAAUGGAAUUAUUUUGGUGACGAAAAUGAGGGUGUAGGUUUUCCUCAACUUGAAAAGCUUUAUAUUAUCACGUGCCCUAAACUCACAGGAGGGUUGCCGGUCCAUCUUCCUUCUUUAGCCAUACUUGAUAUUAUUAAUUGUCAGCAACUGGUGGCUCCACUCCCAAGGACUCAUGUUAUACGUAAUUUGAGGUUGGAUGAUUGUAAUGGGGUUUUGUUAAAUGAAUGGCCACCUGGAAUGCAGAAGCUCGAAAUUGGAAGAUUUGAUCCACUAGAGUUCCUUCCCAAGGGAAUGAUAGACUCCAACGGCGGUCUUCAAGAGUUGGUGAUCCGUAGCUGUUCCUCACUUGUGUCCCUUCCUAAGGAUGGUCUUCCCUCUACAUUAAAAACCCUUGAGAUUAAUAGUUGUAUGAAGUUAGAGCUCUCAACAAACCUGGACUAUUCAUCCCUUGGAAAACUGUCGUUGUGGAAUUGUGAUUCUGUAAAGUCCUUUCCAUUAGAUUUAUUCCCAAAUCUUUAUCACAUCAAAAUCAGUUCGUGUAUCAAUUUGGAAUCUCUUACGGUUCCAGAAAAUUAUGAACAUGAUUUAGUCGCCUUGGAGAUUAAUAUCAGACAUUGCCAUAAUUUUGUUUCUUUUCCAAAAGGAGGAUUGCGUGCCCCCAAACUCACAACGUUUAGGGUCGAUGGUUGUGGCAGUUUGAGAUCACUUCCUGACAAAAUGCACAUACUCCUUCCGUCUCUUGAGUGUUUGGAUAUAUGGCAUUGUCCAAAAGUUGAGUCGUUUCCUGAAGGGGGGUUGCCUUCCAAUUUGAAAUCAAUUUUGAUCAUUGGUUGUGAAAAACUCAUUGCAAGUCGGAUGGGAUGGGGUUUGCAGAACCUCCCUUUUCUUAGAUCUUUGUCAAUCGGUGGCAAUUCUGAAGAUGUGGAGUCCUUCCCAGAGGAGCAGUUGCUGCCCACCAAUCUGACCUACCUUGGAAUAUGGUACUUUCCAAAUUUGAAAUUUUUGGACAAGAAAGGGAUUCAACACCUCAAUGCUCUUGAAAGAUUGAGUAUCUGGAACUGCCCUCAGCUCAAGUAUAUGCCGGAACAGGGGCUGCCUCCCUCCCUUUCUCUAUCAAUCUUGGAAUGUCCUUUGUUGAAGGAAAAGUUGCAAAGUAAAAAAGGAAAAGAAUGGUUCAAGAUUGCUCACCUGGAACAGAUAUGGAUUGAUUACAAAUGGAUUGAAUAAGCGAAAAGUCUGUCUAGCAAGAGUCCCCAAAUUUCGCAUGCUCCACCCACUUCACCACUUCAACGAUACGUCCACCAGAUGACAUGAACAACUCUGAUAAUGGGAUAAAGAAGUAGCAAAGCAGAAGAGAUUGCCAGAAGUUUGAAAAUAUUUUUAAUCAUUGUUGAUCUUGAUGCUUCCAUAGGCCAUAAUUUCAGCAGUAAUUUUGGUCAUUGCACAAUUAGUUUCGAUUACCAGGUAGUUUAUAUUCAGUUCACGUCUUGACUUUUCAAGCCCUAUGUUUGAAAUGCUUUGCAUUUCCAGUUUGUUUUUUAGAUACCAUAUUACAUGUACUGUUCCCUGUUUGCAGUCCUACCACCCUGUUUGCUUUCUUGGAGUUAUGAUAGCUUAAUUGGUUUUGCAAAAGGAAUAUAUGGGGCGAAGACUUUGGUGGGGUCUCCUUAUAUUUUAGCAACCUGUUAGUUGUGUCAGCUAAAAUGUAUCCUUGUUUAUAUGCAUGGAGAAACCAUGUGCUGCCAGCGGCUGAUGAAGCUGAAUCAAUAUGGACAAAUUAAAAAUUGGUUUUAUUAGACCAAGAUGAGGCUAAUCAGUACAAGAAACAUUACCGUAUUGAAUUAUUUGUGCUGCAAGUCAAUCCCCGCAUGUUGAAUUAUUCCGUCUCAAGUGUUGGGAGUACCUCAAAAAUUUCUUGAAAAUGGAGAAGUGAUGCAGCCGAACUUGCAAAUGCGCUCAUGGAGGAUCUUGAGUGAAGGAAGAAGGCUUCUGGAGUGGGAAGUUUUAUUCUGCAGGAGACAAAUCAUGCGUAACCUCUGCUUGACCUUGGCUCGAGCAAGAAUGUGACUAAUCAUAGGACAGAAAAUUCUCACAGCCCUCGCGCAACAUUGGCUCAAGUGAAGUUGUGACAGUUUUUAGUAAAGACUAUUUUGUAAUUUUGCUUUCCGCGUUGAACCCUAAAUUCUUUUCAAGCAUAACGAGACCGGCUUGACCGCCUAGUUGUUAUUGUAGUUCAGUUUUAUGAAUAAGAAUACUUGAGUGAGAGUUUCUCUUUUGUUUCCUAUAUUCAUGUGCUUGGCUUUAU